AUGCGGUCCUUCUCCCUGGCCGCGCUGCUGCUCGCCAGCACCGCCGCAGCCCUCCCCCGAAACGAGUGCUUCCGCGUCCACAGCAAAGCCCUCGCCGAGUACACCGACUGCGGCAACCAGGCCGCCGUGAGCCGGUGCCUCGCCUCGCUGUCCAGCUUCGAGCCAAGCGACCUCGCGCCGUGCUACACCAACGCCGGCUGCUCAGCCAGCCAGGCGGCCCUCGAAGCCCGGUACAUCACGACGCGGUGCCAGGAAUACAGCACCGGCAACGAGCUGCGAAAACGCUUCCGCGCCGCCCUGGAGCCCGUCCGGGCCACGCAGGCGGUCGUCGCGGCCGCGCACCUCGCCGCGCGGGCGACGACGACGCCGGCCCCCGUCCGCAAGGGCGCCGACUGCUUCAGCGCCAGCGAGUUCGACACGUCGAGCUGCGACGUGGCCACGGAGAACGGCAAGGCCGUGACGCGCACGUGCACGCCGUCCAAGGGCACCUCGAGCGACUGCCUCUCGGGCUGGAUCUGCACCGUCGACAGCACCCACCAGGACAUAUGCAUGAAGAAGCAGCCCAUCGACACGGGCGGCAUCAUCGUCGCCAUCGUCUUCGCCGCCUUCUUCGCCAUCGGCCUCGCCUACCUGACCUUUGCCUGCUGCCGCGAGCGCAAGCACCACAAGCGCGUCGCCGCCAAGGCAGAGGCCGUCGCCCUCGCCCGCGCCGCCACCAAGAAGCAGCGCUCGCAGGAGGCCCGCGCGCCCCUCAUGCAGCAGACGCAGGAGGCUAGUAGUCCCAACCCUUUCCAGGACCAGCCUAGCCAUGCUUAG